GGUGGAGUGUAAGCCCAGGACGCUCCCUGCCCUGGACUCUGCACCCUUAGGUGCGUGACUUCUGCCUCUCGGAGGAGCUGCACGGUCCUCUGCGGUUCCAUGGAAGGAGCCGGACCCCCGUCGCCCAGCGAAGAGUUGGAGCUUUCCUUGCUGGACCCGCAGCCGAACGAGCAGACGCCUCUCAGUGGCCUCCAAAUCCAGCCUUGCUCGGUCGAGGACCCCAGGCCAGCUCAGGCUGUCAAAGAAAGUCCCUGGAGUUCCUGUAACAAGACAGUGGUUGGAAAGUGUAAACUGUGGAUGGUCAUUGCCUCCAUUUUCUUAGGUCUUAUUAUAGUGAUCAUCAUAGGCUUAUGUCUUACAGGAGUAACUUACAUUGAUGAAGAUGAAAAUGAAAUACCUGAAUAAUCAUAAAACAAAACAUUCUUCAUCAUGCUAAAGAUUCCAGAGNNNNGACUUUCAGAGACUGAGUUGCCACCUGAAUUAGAUGAAAGUCUCACAGAUAUGUACAAUGAGUCACCGUCUCUGAGUCGUUAUUUCACUUCUGCUGGCAUGGUAAAUUUCAGUGUUGAAAAUGCCACGGUAACCUAUGACCUGCAGUUUGGAGUUCCAUCUACAGAUGACGAUGACGGCUUUAUGAAGUACAUGAUGAGUGAGGAGUUGCUGCUUGGUAUUUUGCUACAGAAUUUCCACGAUCAGAGUGUGCCUGGUUGUGAGGGUCUGGGGCUUGACCCAGAAUCUCUCUUGCUUUAUGAGUGAAGUGGUGGAGGUUGGUCUCUGUUAGAAAGCAGUGCUCUGCUGAAUUUUGGAAUGAAGAGAAUUCAGAAAAGUAUCUAGCAGUGACCAGAGGCUGGAGACAGUCCCUCCCUCUGAUUUUGCACCAUUAGGAUGUCUGGCUCCACAACCAGCCAGGCCCUUAAGGAGAGCUGUCCCAGCUGGGUCCAGGAAGCUAGAUGGGCCUGGGAUGGUCAUCACAAUGUGAGAUCCUGACUGUCUUUAAAGCAUCAGCGGCAUCCACCCACAUAUGGCUGCCUUUGCUUUAGUACAUGGAUGAUACCCGCUCUUGUUUUAGAUAGGAUCUGGCUAGCCUGUGCUGACAGCGCAGGGAGGAGCAGGUAGCCAGGAGGAGAACUGAUCAAACUGCUCACUGAAAUCUCUUCUCUACAUGCCAUUACAUUUGAUCUACCUCUAAGCCUGGUUGUGGGGAAAAGGAAAGCACUUUCCAAGACGUGAGCAGUGUAGCCUCCACCUGCUUUCACUGCCUUACCUGUGUGUAUUGAGAGCUGAGCCUCAGCACAUCGAGUGUCACAUACAAGAGAUGAUUCUUAUUUUGCUUCAUUGUUCCUGAGACUGCCUGAGAAUCUUUUCUUUUGAAAACUUAGAUUUGUGAAUUUUGAACAUGCUGCCAUUAUAUUAGAUUGUUACACACGCAUUUUUUAAAAUUAAAGUUGUCUGAGAAUAGUUAAGACUCUUUCUGCUAGUGAGACCACACGUUGGCUUUACAUUGCCUCAUGUCUCCAGGUUUUCUGUGGGUCACAGAGUCUUUAGAUGUUGUUUCUGUGUCUUCCUGUAAAUGGUUGUGAAGCAGAGAGCCCCUGUCCUCUUGAAACAAACUGUUGAAUGUGGUAUGCCUGUCAUUUAGGGGGUGGGAGGAAUUCUGGUGACUGCAUCAGUCAUCCAUGGGAUGUGGAAUUGCCUGUCAUGAGGAAAUAGAAUAUUUGUUUUGUUGGGGAAAUUACCUUCCUGGAAGUUGUCUAGGACAAAGAGUUUCAGGGUCUUAUAGAGAGAGAUUCCCCAGCCUCAUCUCUCAGCUAGAUUAGCUGUGACUGCAAGUCAUGUGUGGGCAGUUGUAGAGAGUCUGCAUCAAGAGAGGCUUAUGACUCUGGGCUCUGAAUAAUGUGAAUUUACUUUCUUAUUUAACUCUCGGAGACAUAUAUUGUAAUUCACUGUCUCACUUUAAGGAUAGUUCCUUAAAUUGGUGAAACCAAUGGAUUUCUGUUCUUCCUCAUUAUGUUUUGUAUGUCAAAUGUGGACCUUAGCAUGCUUGUAUUUUUUUAAUAUAAUGAAGAAUUUUAAUACACAGAUUUAAAAACAUUUACAAUAAAUUAUUUUUGCAUCUGCCUUGUUGUUUGCACAUCUGUGGCUUAGGUCUUCCUCUCCAGGGCCACGUGUUGGGCUGGCGGUUCCUUGAAGAAAAUGGGAGAAGGGAUCAUGUCCGUGAACACAGCUUCCUCUUUUACAGGAUAAGAUGGAGCUCGGUUGGGCUGUGUUGGAUUGGCUGGGCCAUCAUCUCUGUUUCAAGGAGAGUAGGAGAGUCCAUCCAUUCCCUCUUCCUCUGAAGGUCUUAUCUGGCAGGAUCUUAUCAUUUCAAUGGUUCCCACAGGCUCAUGUGUUGAUCCCCAGUUAGUAGUACUGUAUUGGGAGGCUGUAUGACCUUCAGGCGAUGGGCCUCACUGGCAGAAGGCCACUAGAAGCAGGCUUUUG